AUGAAGAUCGCUCGUUUCUGGGUCUCUAUCGCCCUAUUAGUUCCACGGGCUCUAGCAGUCCCCACUGAAUCCUCAGCGAUAACUGCUACGUUCACUACCUCUACUGUCGCGGCACCAAGUUGUACAUCUUCUCUCAUCGCCAGUCUCUGCAGCUACCAGGAACCUGGUCCAGAAUUUGCCGUCGCCAUCGACAGCAGGGCCUCCUGCUGGGACUACUGUAACGCCCACCCUCCCUGCAACUUUGUUAUCUUCGCUGCCGGCAACCCUUACACGGGCACCGGCACGUGCUGGCUGUACCCGGGUGAAACCUUCGAUGCGAGCAAAGGGAGUUCGAAUUGCGCCAAUCCCAGCCUGUCCGUCUACAGCCAGCCCGUGUGCUCUGGCGGGAGCGCAACCACCACUGCUGGCGCCUGCGCCGCCACCGCGACUCCCUCUGCUAUUGCCUCGGUCUGCGGGUACCCGGCGCCUGGUGACUGCUUUACGGGUUGUACUGCUAGUACGGGUGUCUCGAACUGCUUGAGUCAAUGUGCAGAGGCCGAUUCCUGCAGCUAUGUCGUCUUUAAUCCGCAUAAUCCAAGCAACUCGCCGUAUGCCUCGGGCACUUGCUGGAUCUAUCCGAACGGCACAUUUAACGCGGGGUCUGCGGCCGCUUGUAGCGACGCUCCUGAGCAGUUUGUGUAUAACAACUUGUGUCCCAAGCCAUCGCCUUCAUCGUCCUCCCUUUCAUCGUCUGCUACGGAACGCUCUAGUGGCACUGGAACUGCAGGCACGGGCUCAACUAUUAGCGCUGCUACGGGCUCGAAUGGCGCUGAAACCGCAGCCAAUACUACGGGCUCGACUACUAGCAGCAAGAAUUCUGCGCCUGCCGGCCUCUCGCUCACUAAUCUAUUGGCGAUAGGCGUGCCUAUAUUAAUAUGGCGGGCCCUUUAA